ACAGCGACAGCAACAGCGUCAGCAACAAUUGAGCGUCGGUCGAGCACGGGGUUCUUUUGACAGAGUGGACGCAAAGAGUCUCCUCCGUGAGAAGGGCGGUCCCGAGGGACAGAGAUACCGUGAGGAGGAGGGGAGAUCGAGAGGAUGGCCGGCAACACGGCGCAUUGCUCGCCGUCGCGCUCGUCACUGAGCUGCUGCCAGGCGGACAACGGUAGCCAGGGUGACGUGCGCCAGUCGUGCACAAAUGAUCCCUCCCGUAUCAAUAACAAUUACUUCAUGGAGGAGAAGCACCAGUUCCCGAAGAGGCCCGAGGUCGACCUGCAGUUCAGGAACGUCCGUUACCGGGUCAAGUCAUGGACGAUCAAGAACCUCAAACCAGUGACGAACGAAAUCCUCCACAGCGUCAGCGGGGAAUUUCGCGCCGGAGAACUCACCGCGAUUAUGGGUCCAUCGGGAGCCGGGAAGUCGACGCUCCUCAACCUCCUCGCUGGAUACACGGUGCAGGGCAUGAAGGGCGAGAUCCUGGUGAACGGGAAGACGCGGAUACCGCACGCGGAGGCUUGGCGUCGCACCUCGUGCUACAUACAGCAGUAUUCGGUGCAACGGCCCAGGCUCACCGUUGGCGAGGCCAUGAACCUCGCGGCCCACCUGAAGCUCGGCUGCACCAUCAGCUCGGCCUUCAAGCACACGCAGGUUCUCGAGCUCUUAGAAAUCCUAGGUUUAAGUCACUGUUACGAUACUCUGUGUGGAAAACUUUCCGGCGGACAGAAAAAGCGGCUCGACGUCGCUUUAGAACUACUUAGCAAUCCUUCAGUAUUAUUUUUAGACGAGCCGACGACCGGCCUGGACUCGGCCUCCUGCAGCCAAUGCAUUGCCCUGCUCCAGCGGCUCGCCCGCAUCGAGCGACGCACCGUCGUAUGCACCAUCCACCAGCCGAGCGCCUUGCAGUUCGAGAUGUUCGACUCGCUCUACGCCCUCGCCGACGGCCACUGCAUCUACCGGGGUCCGGUAUCCGACCUCGUAGCCCACCUCGCCGCUCUGGGGCUCCAGUGCCCGGCCUACCACAACCCCGCCGACUUCCUCUUAGAGGUCGCCAUCGGCGAAUACGGCAUCUCCACGGACAAACUCAUCUCGGCGAUCGACAAUUCUUACAGGAAUCGGAAGAUGAUUGCCGACCCCGUCAAAGCCACCUUCCAAGGUUAGUUACUGCCAAAGAAGGAAAAGGAGGAGGACAGUAGUUUUUUCGACGAGUCUCCGCCACCCGCGGGUUUCCUCGCCCAAUGCUAUCUCCUCUACAAGCGUCAGCUGGUGAGUCUCAAGCGCGACUACUUCCUGCUGGUGGUGCGGCUGCUCUGUCACCUCCUCAUCGGCAUCAUAUUCGGCUACCUGUACAUGGGCAGCGGCUACAGGGCCAACGGCGUCCUCGCCAAUUAUGUCUACCUGUAUGGCUCCCUCCUGCUCAUCGUCUACACCGGCAAGAUGGCCGUUACGUUGGCAUUCCCGCUAGAAAUGCAAAUCCUGACCCGAGAGCACUUUAACCGCUGGUACGGUCUUGCACCCUACUACAUCAGCAUCCUGCUGAUCGAGGUGCCGUUCCAAGCGGCCUGCGCAGCCACUUACCUGGCGGUCAGCUACUGGCUAACGGGGCAGCCGGUCGAGGCGGAGCGCAUCCUCAUGUUCAUGAUAGUGAGCAUCGCAGCCAGCCUCUGUGCCCAAGCCUGGGGCUUUUUCAUCGGUGCCACGACUCCGGUGAAGAUCGCAGUGUUCGUUGGCCCCAUUAUCGCCGUUCUUUUCUCUGUCUUCGGCUUCUGCAUACGGUACAUGGACACGCCCACCUAUUUCCGCUGGAUAUUCCACAUAUCGUACUUCCGGGCGAGCUUCCACAGUCUCUUGCUGACCGUCUACGGUAAUAAUCGGACGAACCUCUACUGCGAGCAGGAGCCUGGCGAACUCACCUACUGCCACUACAUGCAGCCGACGCAGUUUCUCAAGGAGAUGGAGAUCGUCAAUACGAACGUCCUUGACAAUCUCGCCAUGAUCGUCGGCAUCGGCGUACUCAUGCAUCUACUUACCGCGAGCGCACUCUGGUGCAAGCUCAAUCGCCGAUAAGAUUACCUGCUGAUCCAGGUUAAUAAUCGGACAACGAUGUCUUAGUUGCCCGGAGGACACUUGCUUAGUUU